AUGCACCUCUCCACGACGUAUCAUAAUUCACUGCAGUGCUACGAGAGAUGGGAAGAACUGCGAACUUUCACGCGCAACUCAGUCAACAGAGACUGCUCUGAACUGACUGCCUAUGGUAGGCCGGUGUCUAACAAGGCUCACAGCUGUCACAGACAGACAAGCAGAACCUCCGUCCUUCGCUCAACUACCUCCGCAUCUCCCCCUCCCCUUCCUCCACCACCUCCUAGUGAUGUGAGACCUCACUCACGGAGCGAAGUCAGUUUCGGCAUGAAGAGAGAGGGGGCAGAGAAACAGUUUGUGCAGAAGAGAGAAAACUUGGCGGUGGGAGAGGGAGGGUGGGGAAUGGGUGAAGGGAGGGGGAAUAGUUUCUAUCAGACUCUGAUGGAUAAGGACAGAGAGGGAGAUGGUCUAGGUGACAGUAAUGGUGCUAAGAGAAGGAUGGAAGAGGGGUUAGAGAAACAAACUGGAAAAUCAGAGUUAGAAGCAGGCAGGACGGAAGGAGCCAAAGACAGUGAGAGAGACAAGGAAAUGAAAAAAAAUAGCUCUUUGCCCGCCCGUGAAUCCGACAUGAUCAUUCACGUCUUUGAUGACCAGAGAAAGACUAAGAGACAGUUCCACUGUCCGCGAGCUGUGCUGGUGAGGGAGAUGAGGUAUUUCUCAGAGUACCUGUCCUCAGAGACACAUCUCUGGGACGAGGUAGACAUUAGCGUCCACUGUGACAUCACCGUCUUUGAGUGGCUGAUGAGGUACGCCAAGAGGGGCUCUCCUCGAGGGGCCGCGGGGGGAAAUUCUGGACAGCCCCCUUGAGCCCCGACUCUGGAGCCAGCCAACGUCGUCUCAAUCCUCAUCUCCUCUGAUUUCCUAAAAAUGGACUCUCUGGUGGAGGAGUGUCUGGACUUCUGUCACCACAGCCUCUCUGCUGUGCUGGCCUCUCCGACCAACAUGGGCUGCAUCUCUGAGACUCUCAGGGAAAGGCUAGCAGUCAAAUUCACUCCGAACAAACUGGAACAAGUUGUGGACAAGAAAGACAAAAUCAGAAGCAAGCUGUUUAUUCACCAGAUCCAAGGACUAUUCUCCGCCACUCACAGCCAUCCCGAGUGCCCUGCUAAUGCUGCCACACUCUUCAGAUGUAUGCACUGUGGAAAGCUACUUACUUCAGAGCAAACUUCUCAACUUCCCUGUACUGAUAGCAGACUGGAGGUGCAUUUCGAGGGGCAGUUGGUGUGGCAUCACGAGAGAGACAAGGAGUGGACCGUGGGAGAUUACCUCUCAUCUCUGCACCUCGACCUCUCUCCCAGGGACAUCUACUGGAGGCUGUGGGGAGUGGUGAACUGGCUGCGGUGCAGUUCCUGUGGAGAGGCGUUCCAGUGCAGAGACCUGUCCUCCUGCAGCUACCAUCCACAGCCUUCUCUCUCCGGUCGCCCCUCUACCGGUCCUCCCGUUCACAUCUGCUGUGGAAACCCUCCUCCCAACAUAUCUCCGUUCCCUCUACCACAGACUGGCUGUUGUGUUCGAGACCACACUGUGGCUGACUCCUCCUCCCCCUCUUCUCACUCCUCUACUCUCACCGUGACAUCAUCUGCUCCACCCCCUCACCCGAUCCAGGGGGAAGGGGGAGAGGUAGAAGAGAGAAGGACACACAGGCUCUCUCUCCUUCCUCUCCCUCUGCCUGCUGUCCCCAACUAAACUUUCUUAAGAGUGCUGAUCUCCAAGGAUCCCAACGGAAAGUUACCAGUCUCAAACCGGAGACAGUUGGACCAAGAAGGAAAGAGGGUAGGGAGGGGAGCAGUGAUGUCAGGGUGUCUAGAGAGGGCGGGGCUGUCGCUAGGGAACAACAUGGGUCGGUAAACAAUGUGGUUGUCAGGGAGAUGUCCCUGUCAGCACGGCAACGGGUGCUGAGUCAGCUGUCAGAGUUGGAGGAAGAUGAGGAAGAAGACGAUAGGCUCGUUAAGAGACCACACCCACCGCCCCUGCCUCAUCCAGCUGGUGGAGCUAACUCCAGACACAGUCGCAGAAGAGACAGCAGCAGACAAAGUAGUCAUCGCAGCAAUAGAAGACACUCCAGUACCCCAGCUGUAGUGAUGGACUGGGUUUGGGACCCCAGCAAACCUCAGAGGUGGAACCAGGACCGACAGAGAGAGAAUGACGAGAGGAGACUGGAUCAGCUGUGCCAUCGCAUGUCAUGUGUCCACACACACUCCUCUUCCUCAGCACACACCCUUGCUAGGCUGGGCAGCAAAGACAGAGACUCAACAAGCUAUGCAGGAGGGAUAUUCUGCCAGCUGGAAGCCCAGUUCAGAGCCCAGCAGAUGAGCAGAGCUCUCUCCCAGCAGCCUCCACUGGCCCACGGCUCUGCCUCAAGAUUCCCAGGACGAAGAAGAUAAUAAUGAUACACUGGAACAAUAGUCUGAGUAUAGAACACAUCAAUUCCACAUGAAUCAAUCACUAAUUUCGUCUUUCAGUCAAUGUAAAUAAUUGGUAGGGGCAGGGUGUUGUCAGGGUGACUGUCUCCACAGUUAGCGGCAUGCAGCUCUAUGGCGUACGAGGGGAAAGACUGUCCACAGAGGGGACAAGGGACGGCGGAUGCGGGGGUUUCUGGAGAUAAUUGGAGGGGCAGGAGGGGAGGGAGGGAGACGACGGGCGGCUGAGGAUCGUCCAUUAUGACUGUAGCGUCACUGUCACUGUCCGCAGCAGCUGGGUCUUCUUUGGUCUGAGG